CCCCGAUCCCAUCCGGACACCUUCCUCUGGCUCUCCCACCUGGACAGGUUGGGUGACUCUGGUCUCCCUCAGCUGCCAUGGAUUGGAAAACGCUGCAGGCGCUGCUCAGCGGGGUCAACAAGUACUCCACAGCCUUCAGCCGCAUCUGGCUCUCCAUGGUCUUUGUCUUCCGUGUGCUGGUCUACGUGGUGGCGGCCGAGAAGGUCUGGGGUGACGAGCAGAAGGACUUUGACUGCAACACGCGGCAGCCGGGCUGCACCAACGUGUGCUAUGACCACUUCUUCCCCAUCUCCCACAUCCGCCUCUGGGCCCUGCAGCUCAUCUUUGUCACUUGUCCUUCCCUCCUGGUCAUCAUGCACGUGGCCUACAGGGAGGACCGCGAGAGGAAGAACCGGGAGAAGAAUGGAGAGAAUUGCCCCAAGCUCUACAGCAACACAGGCAAGAAGCACGGCGGGCUGUGGUGGACCUACCUGUUCAGCCUCUUCUUCAAGCUUGUCAUAGAAAUCCUGUUCCUCUACCUCCUCCACAAGAUGUGGGACAGCUUCGAUUUGCCACGGCUGGUCAAGUGCUCCAACGUGGAUCCCUGUCCCAACACCGUGGACUGCUACAUCGCUCGGCCAACCGAGAAAAGGGUCUUCACCUAUUUCAUGGUCGGAGCCUCCUCCAUCUGCAUCGUCCUCACUGUCUGUGAGAUCUUCUACCUCAUCUUCAAGCGAGUUGUGCAGAGGACAAGGAAGUGGAGGAAAUCCACCAAGCGCUCCGUCAGCUACAGCAAGGCCUCCACCUGCCACUGCCACGUCAAAUCAGAGGAGAAGGACAACAAGUCCCAGCCUAGGUGUGUGGCAGCCCUGACUGCUCUGUGA